AUGGCUUCCAACCCAGUGCCAAAGAACCCUAUACAAGAGCUUAAAGAGGAAAUGAAGAAGAACUUGGAAGCAUCUCUCUGCGAACUACAAAGGGCAACAAAUAAUUAUUGCAAAUACGCAGGUCUGCCACUCAACUCAACCGACACAGGGAAACUUAAGGGACAAACUUGGGGAAUGGGAAACGAAACCGAGAUCAGGAAUUCCAUCUGUGCCAUUGUGGGCUGCCUCGAAAGCCUGCCAGCAUUCGUCAAGGAUGUAAUUGGGGACCGAAAUUUGGGGGCUGAAAAAGUCACCAAGAACACAAAUGUGUUCCUUAAACGGUUCAACUUGACUGUUGCGCAGACAGAUUUCGCUGUUUUUAUCUUCUUCUGCCUGUUCUCUGUGCAAGCAAACUGCGGGACUGUUAGGAACAAAGCCUUGAACACCACCAUCCAGGAGAUUAGAGUGGAGAUACGGAGCGUGCUGGAGCACUUGGAUGUUCCCGGGGUGCUUCCCAACAUCUCCUGCCAAACACUGAACUUUUCGGAGCUGGUCAGGCCAGAGCAGCAGCACCUCACCGCUCACCAGCUCUCGUCCUUCCGCAGCCGCAUAGCAGAUGUGUUAACGCUCACCCCAGAGCUGUCAUCGCAGCUAAAGGCCAUCCGCCAGUCCAUGCAGGAUGCCGAAAAGCUCUGGACCGGCAUGACGGUCUCCCAGACCUACAGUCCACUCUCCUUCAAGGACUUGGAUGCCUAUGUGUACACCAAGUGCUUGCUGGAGCUUGUGGACAAAUGGCUCGGUGGUGCCCUACAGCUUGCAGUGAAGCGGUUCAUGGCCGUGUGUGAGAAGGUGGUCAUGAGAAUUAGUACCUCCAAGUCUGAGACCACGGUCCUCAGCCUUGGAAAAGGGUGGACUGCCUACUCCGAGUCAGGGAUGAGUUACUGCCCCAAGUGGAGGAGUUUAACAGUCCUUAUCUUCUUCUGCCUGCUGGCUGUGAAAGCAAACUGUGAGGCUGUUGGAAACAGGGCAGCCGAGCGUGCCUUGAAUGCCAGCAUCCGGAUGAUUAGGGUGAAGAUACGUAGCGCGCUGGAGCACUUGGAUGCUUUUGGACUGCUUCCCAACAUCACCUGCUUCACCCUGAACAUUUCAGAGCUGAUCAAGCCGGAGCAGCGGCACCUCACCGCUCACCAGCUAAGCUCCUUCGAGUGCUACAUGGCAAAGGUGUCAAAGUUCACCCCGGAGCUGUCGUCACAGCUGCACUACAUCUGCCAGAUCAUACGUGAUGUGGUGCAUCUCUGGACCGGCAAUACGGUCUCCCACACAUGCAGACUACCCUCCUUCAAGCAGGACUUGGACAGCUAUGUGUACACCAAGUGCUUGCUGGAGCUUGUGGACGAAUGGCUCGGCAAAGCUACGUUUAGAAUUUACUGA